ACAGAUAUAGAAGUAGAAAUUAUUUUUUCAUUUUAAAAACCAAAAUUGCAUCUGGACGGAAGAGCUAAGCUUCAGACCCUCUUCCAGCUGUUUGAAAUCCACAACAACCUGUCCUGGAGGCUGGAGAUUCGAAAUUAGAUGGCGAGUUAGGUCAAUGUCGACUAGCCCGCCCUGCUUAUGAUUUUGUUCCUGUUGUCUCGAGGUUUUGCUUCAACAUCAGGACUCACGAUUCGGUUCCGAUCUACCUGACCCUCCACUUCGUUACUUUUCCUCGAUCUGAGAGAGGGAGUUGUUUUUUGGUGUCCAGAAUGGCUACCUUCAUCAAGCUUGAGGAUUCUCCAAUGUUUCAAAAGCAGUUAUUUUCUCUGGAAGAGACAGCUGAUGAGCUGAAAGAUCGUUGCCAAACACUUUACAAAGGCUGCAAAAAGUUUACGGAAGCUCUUGGAAUAGCAUGUAAUGGGGACACAACCUUUGCAGAUUCCUUAGAGGCAUUUGGUGGUGGAAAAGAUGAUCCAGUUAGUGUAUCCAUGGGAGGUUUGUUGAGUCUUCUAUGUCUUCAAAUUCCACUAAGUGUGAUAACUGAUCGUUGGUUCUUGAUGAUAUUAGCAUUUUAA